AUGGCAAGAUUGGCAAGAAAGGGCAUUUUGGAGUAUUUUAGAGCAGUUUUGGACUUGGAAUGGAUAGCAUACGCAUGGGGCAAGAUGGGAUGGACGUUUUUGAAGUUCAAAGAGGCUAGGAAUGUGCUAAAGGAUGGGGAAAUUAAUUCAAGAAUCAGCUUCUGGGAAGAAAAACCCUAA